AAUAAAUUACGGGUAUUUGGGUACCCAUAACCCUCAAAAAACGGGACGGGUACGGGUAUACCCAAAUACCCGUUUCCCGUUGCCCACCCCUAAUUCUAUGAGCUCUUCUUUGUCUUCCUUCUCUAGCGACGCCAGAGACACGGAGGCAGUGAGCCGGCGACUGCUGUAGCUGCGGCCUAACCUCCCAUUCCUCCUUCAUCCCCCAUCUCUGUCUUCUCCGGCGAAGACGACGAGCACAACCCAAGAAUUUCAGCUCUCUCCGACGAGGGUUUCUCCAGCGGUGUCCACAAUCUACCGGGGCGGGAUGUGGAGUAUAAUCAGAGAGGCAUUCGACAAAACACUGCUGGUGGCAAAAGCGUAUGGCAUCCUCCACAUCACUAAUUCCUACCUCUGUACAGUUGCGCUUGCUUAUGGCCCCAGCAUGAUUCCGACUAUCAACCUCACCGGCGACCUCAUCCUCGCCGAGAGAAUCUCCCCCCGCAUCGGGAAGGUGGGCGUCGGAGACAUUGUUAUCGUCAGAUCGCCGGUGGUCCCCAGGAGGGUAGUGACGAAGCGUGUGGUUGGCAUGGAAGGGGAUCAAGUCACCUACUUGCUCGACCCACACAACAGCGAUGAAGUUCACUCCAUUGUGGUAGUUCCGAGGGGCCAUGUCUGGAUACAGGGAGAUAACAUAUACAAUUCGAAAGACUCGAGAGAUUUUGGUCCAGUUCCUUAUGCACUUGUUGAAGCAAAAUUACUUUGGAGGGUGUGGCCGCCUAAAGAUUUUGGUCCAAUGCAACACAUAUCAAGAUAGAAGAGGGAAAUGAAGGAACCAUACAUUCACUGCUAGCUCUCUCGUGAUGUUAUUUGAUGGUAGCAACCCUCAUUAAAGAAUGUGGAUUCCCCUUUUCAUGGCCUGAAUGAGCUAGCUGUAAGGUGGUUGAAUGCGGAAGACAGAUCGGACCAGAGAUCGGUCCUCGAUUGUUUAGACUGGGUUCUGGGCUUCUGGCAGAGUAAACGGUGAAAGAUCUUCUGACAUCAAGAAGAGACGAAGUAUGCGGGUUAGCAGCUCGAUAGGCUGGCCUGCGGAAGUUGGUUUGUCCUUCUGAUCAUUUCUGGAGUGGAUGUAAGCCUGAGAUAGAAAUUUUGCUUCUCACCAGUGACUACUCUAUCAAACUCGUACAUUUUUCUAUCAACAACACUAUCAAACAUCAUUCAAAAGAUGAAAGACGCUACUGUUCAUAUGAUUACAAUGCUACAUUGAUAUGGAUAAACUAGAAGCCCCUUUUGUGAAAAGUUCUUCCCAUUUUCCUCUAUCAUCAAGACCUUUGUGCUAUGUUACUCCUCCUCAUCCUCCUCCUCGUCAUCAUCCAUAAACUCCUCUUCUUCUCCCUCACUUUCUUCUUCUCCUUCAUCAUCCAAUUCUUCCUCGUCGACAAUGAAUCCACCCAAUGUCUCAUCAUCUUCAUCUUCUUCUUUCUCUUCAUCCACCUCACUAAUCUUCCUCUUCUUCCCUCCUCCUACCUUCUUCUCUUCCCCGUCCCUCUCCUUCUUCCUCUUCUUGUCCUGUGCCCUUGUAGUGUAUUUCCCACCUCCUCCAUCCUUCUUUCUUCUGUUCGUUGUUGUCUCCGCGCCAAUCUCCUUCUCUUCAUCCUCGCUCUCUCCUCUCCAUUCAUCAUCCAUUCCAUUCUUCUUCUUCUUCCUCCUUCCUCUGCGACCACCUUCAUUCUCAUCCUCGCUCACUCCCUCUGUCUCAUCCAAGAACCAAUCCCACUCCUUGGCAUUUCUAACCCUCCCCUUAGGGUACCUCUCGAAUUCCCGCCCAAUCACCAACAACCCAAACUCUGCAUUUCAUAAAGCCCUAAUUGUUUACCAACACGAAUGGGAAUUCCCAUUUGAAUCAAGGAACAUGAGAGAUUAAAGGUCAAACCUUUAACAGGAUCUACCAGAGAAAUGUCGAAGUUUUCUUCAUCUUCCGAUUCCUUUUCAGUUUCAUUUCCGUACCCGGCGUCGCUUUCUAUGUCCCUCGCCUCUGCACGGCCGACGGUUCUCAAUCUGAACCAAACGGGAGGUUGGGUCGAAAUACAGAAGCAAUCGCCGGCUACGAGCUGGCCCCUAUCGGACUUCUUGAAGAGCUUUUCCUCUCCGUCGGUUCGCACACAGACAGGGUUCUUCCCGAUGACGAGAAACGAAACCCUAGGCAGCGGCUGGGAGUGGUUACCUCCUGCGGGCGCGGGGUAUUCUCCUCCUCUGUUGGCCCCGUCGAGUCGGAACUCAAUGUGGCGGCGGGAGACGGUUCUGUCGUAGGUUUCGAAACCGUUGCCUCUGCCGAGGACGGUGGCGGAGCCGCGGUGGAGCUCGGUUUUGGAGCCGUCGUCGCCUUCGAUCUCCAUGGAAGCGAUGGAGGGAAAGAUGGGGAAAUGAUUUUUUUGGCGGUG